AUGCAUGGUCUCGAGGCAGGAGCCAACAAUCUGCUCGAGAAGGUGCGUGUGCUCGACACACGCAGCCACCUCUUAGAAGCUCUCUCACUGUUCUACACCCUAGCACCGCCCCACUCCCACCAAGUCUAUGCCACUCUCUUCCACGCAUGUUCUCGCCACCAAUGCCUCGAAGAAGGCAUAUCUUUGCACCGCCACUUGCUAUUCUACAGUCCCGCCAACCCGCCUGACCUCUUCGUCACCAACCAUCUCAUCAACAUGUAUUGUAAAUGUGGCUACUUGAAUUAUGCUCACUGUCUAUUUGAUGAAAUGCCCAGGAGAAACCUUAUUUCUUGGACUGCUCUCAUUUCUGGGUACGCGCAAUACGGGCGAGCCGACGAGUGUUUUCGUCUAUUUUCAGGAAUGUUGGGGGACUGCCGCCCGAAUGAGUUUGCGUUGGCAAGUGUACUUAGUUCCUGUGGGGAGCGGGAUAAAGACCGUGGUGGGCAGGUACAUGCACUUGCGUUGAAAAUGUCUUUGGAUGCUUGUGUUUACGUUUCGAAUGCUCUUGUUACCAUGUAUUGCAAGAGUUGUGGUCGUGGUGGUGUUUAUAUUUAUGAUAGGGACGAGGCUUGGAAUGUGUUCAAGACCAUAGAGUUCCGGAAUCUUAUUUCUUGGAAUUCAAUGAUUGCAGGAUUUCAGUUUCGCGGGCUUGGACCCGAAGCUAUCAGUCUUUUUAUGAGAAUGCACCGUGAGGGAAUGGGGUUUGAUCGUGCCACGCUUCUCAGUGUCUUUUCUUCCUUGUGUGGUAGCACUGGGAAUGACGUUGAUACGAGUCUCAUACUUUGCUUUCAGUUGCAUUCUCUCGUGAUCAAGACUGGGUUUCUCUUAGAAAUUGAAGUAAAAACUGCAUUGGUUAAAUCUUACACAGAUCUCCGAGGAGAUAUUAUCGACAGUUAUAGGCUGUUCAUGGAGACAAGUUGUAGUCGAGAUAUUGUUUCAUGGACUGGUAUUAUAACGGCAUUUGCAGAACGGAAACCAGAAGAAGCUCUCUUCUUGUUUCGUCAGUUGCGACGAGAGGACUUUGCUCCAGAUUGGUAUACUUUCUCAAUUGUCUUGAAAGCUUGUGCGGGCCUCGUGACUGAGCGACAUGCCUUGACAGUUCAUUCACUAGUCAUUAAAGCUGGGUUUGAAGGUGACACUAUACUUGCAAAUGCCUUGAUCCAUGCGUAUGCUAGGUGUGGCUCCAUUGCUUUGUCUGAGAAAGCUUUCAAUGAAAUUAGGUCUCGUGAUUUGAUUUCUUGGAACUCAAUGCUAAAGGCAUAUGCCUUGCAUGGGAAAGCUAGAGAAGCAUUGCAACUCUUUUCACAAAUGAAUGUCAAACCUGAUCCUACGACCUUUGUUACUCUGCUCUCAGCUUGCAGCCAUGCUGAGCUCAUAGAUGAAGGAAUCAAAAUAUUUGACACUAUGUUUGGGAAUUAUGGCAUUGUUCCUCAACUUGAUCACUAUGCUUGCAUGGUAGACAUUUUUGGACGAGCUGGGAGAGUUCUUGAGGCUCAAAGACUUAUAAAUAGAAUGCCGAUGGAGCCUGAUUCUGUAGUUUGGAGUGCACUUCUUGGAUCAUGUAGGAAACAUGGUGAGACAAGGUUAGCCAAGUUAGCAGGAGAUAAACUGAAGGAGUUGGAGCCUGGAAAUUCAAUAAGCUAUGUGCAAAUGUCGAACAUAUAUUCCUCUGGCAGCAAUUUCGAUAAGGCUAGCCAAAUUAGAAAUGAAAUGAAAGGCUUUGGUGUGAGAAAAGAGCCCGGAUUAAGCUGGGUUGAGAUUGGGAAUCGCGUGCAUGAAUUUGCCUCUGGAGGCCGAUCUCAUCCAGAAAGGGUGGCGAUAUGCAGGCAGCUUGAAGGACUGAUUGGGCAGUUAAAGGCAAUGGGUUAUGUGCCAGAGACAAGCCUGACACUGCAUGACAUAGAAGAGGAGCACAAAGAGGAGCAACUGUACCAUCACAGUGAGAAGCUAGCAUUGGCCUUUGCCAUAAUGAAUGAUGGCGAAUUGUGUUGUGGUGGAAAAGUAAUAAGAAUAAACAAGAACAUCAGAAUUUGUGUUGAUUGCCAUAAUUUCAUGAAGUUAGCGUCAGAUCUACUCCAAAAAGAGAUUGUUCUCAGAGACUCAAACCGCUUUCAUCAUUUUAAACAUGGAUUGUGCUCAUGCCGCGACUACUGGUAGCCACGACUAGCCUUGCAGACUCAAAUCUUUGAAGUUUUCACUUGUUUAUGCCUGCAUGGUUCAUCGAUUCCAUAGGCAUUAAUGGAAAAUAGUCAUGUUGUGACUUCCUCGAUGAUAAACUUUGGUUCUUCGAGUGAUUGGUCCAAAGCAGGACAUGAUUGCCGUAUCAGUUCCAUUCUCAGUCCAUGGAGUGGCAGAAACCAUGACUAUGAGUUCUUGCUGAAGGUUGUUUGUGAAGCAUCGUCCUGCGCUCAUCCAGAUUGCACAACUGUUGGCAAUGAUCUUGACGUGAUUUUGGGGAACAUUCUUCGCUGUGACAGAAUUACUUGCAAGACGGCAUGCUGCUGCAACAUUAUAUUUGUUCCUUCAUCUUGAAUAUUGUUAUUAAAUGUGACAUAUUUUAAGUGAUGUCACGUGUCAUUCACUUAACAUACAUCACAUAAUUAAUAGAUGUGAUUAGUGAUGAUUAAAUUUAUUAGGAAGAACGUCAUCUUA